UUCCUUCACCUCCUCGUUUUCCACGAACGCGCCUUCGAACCAGAUUCGCUGUCAUUCUAGUUCGCAUAAACAUACGGACGCAUACAAGGCCUUUGUCAAGAUGCCGCAAGAAAAGAAAGAAUACCUAAGCGAAGCCUGGAAGGAUGGCAUUUUCAAGGACAAGGUUCUCUUUUGCACAGGUGGUGCUGGUUCCAUAUGCAGCGCCCAGACUCGGGCUCUGGUUCACUUGGGUGCAUCUGCCGCCAUAAUUGGUCGUAACAAGGAGAAGACAGAGCGGAUGGCCGCCGACAUUGCUACAGCCCGCCCUGGUGCCCGCGUGCUUGCCAUUGCUGGAGUCGACGUACGCGAUCCCAAAGCUUUGCAAGACGCUGCAGACAGGACUGCUAGAGAAAUUGGUGGUAUAGACUUUGUCAUUGCUGGCGCUGCAGGCAACUUUCUUGCCCCAAUGUCACAACUCAGUGCCAACGCCUUCAAAUCUGUCAUCGAUAUCGAUGUCCUCGGCAGUUACAACACGGUCAAGGCGACCUUGCCGCAUCUUGUCAAAAGCGCCAAGAGCAGCACUGUAGAUGCGACAACCCCGAGUGCUGGUGGAAGAAUCAUCUUCGUCUCGGCAACCAUUCACUAUACCGGUCUGCCUUUGCAAACUCAUGUCUCAGCAGCCAAGGCCGCCGUCGAUGCUUUGUCAAACGCAGUUGCCAUCGAAUAUGGACCACUCGGCGUCACCUCUAAUGUCAUUGCCCCAGGGCCUAUCGGAGGCACCGAAGGCAUGGAGAGACUGGCCAAGAGCGACCCAAACAGUGUUGCAAAGUCGGCAAAGAGGGUGCCUCUGGGACGGCUAGGAUCAGUCAAGGACAUAGCAGAUGCGACUGUCUAUCUGUUCUCGGACGCAGGCAAUUUUGUCAAUGGCUCGACGGUCGUAGUGGACGGAGGCAGCUGGAGAGUCAACGCAGGCGGGCCGGGUUCUACUUGGGAAUACCCGGACUUCAUCCUGAGUGGAGCAGCUGUUGAGGGUGUCAAGGGUGGAAAGGCCAAGUUGUAGACAAUAGAUUGCGUGUGUCUGUGCUUAAACGUCGAGACAUGUGUAGAAGGUGGCUCUAGUCGUUGUGAGUGGUUGGUGCGUGGA